AUGAAACCCAAGGUGCCUGAUUUGAUCGACUUUGGUGAACCUACAAAAGAAUCUCCGUUCGCAGAUCAGUCUACCACAGAAUCCAAUGGGUCCAAGAUCGCCGUCAAGACUGAGGAGGAGCAACAAGCCGCCGCCAGAGAACGCGAGGAGCGGGAGCGUCGUGAUGCUCGUCGAAAGUCCCUUGCCAACCGUCGUGUUUCCUUCGCGGCUGAAGCGACUCUACAUACCUUCCACGAGGUCGAAUACAUGCAAGACUCUACAACAUCCACCGACUCAACCAGGAGGAACUCUGCGUUUUCGAAUAAUGCCGACACACAGCAUGGGACCUCAUCAAAUGCUACGAGCGAUCAAGAGGAGAAGAAGCAACGAAGAAGCUCUGGCCUUCCACCCGCAAACUUUCACAACCCGGAUGAUGAUACGGCGACAUCGACAGUCUAUAGUUCAGACUCCGAGCCUGCAGAUGCGGUGGAAGAAGUUGCCGACGUGGAGGAUGAUGGCGAAGACGACGGCUCAAGCAGCGACUCUGACGAUGGAACGAUGCUCACCAUCGACGAGGUGACAGGAACGACAGCCGCAUCAGACCGAUCGAUUGAUUCCGACGAAGAAGAGUCCUCAACGUUGGACGAAGCCCUCAGACUUGCUGCUCGAAGAGCUGGCAACCAGCGUCUCGAGGAGGAUAGCGAUGAAGAUCUCGACGACGGCGAGGAGUUCAUUCCUUCCUUCGGAUGGGGCAAAGAGGCGAACAAGCCGACUGUCGCUGCACGAGACCAAGAAAAUCUACCGCCACCAGUUCAAGCCCAACAAGCGCAAUCAGCUCAAGCCGACGAUGACGAUGAUGGCUCAGAUAUGGAUAUGGACAUGGAUAUGGACAUCACACGGGCGGUUGGUGGCAUCAUAAAGCCUCAACCUGCACAGGAACGUGAUCCAGAUGAGGACAUGUCUAUGGACGUCACCCGUGUAUUUGGAGGCAUCAUGAACCAGAACAAGGCGCAAAAGCCGGUGCCUGAGCCGGAUGACGAAGAUGAUGAGGAUGAUGCCCCGAUGGAAGAGGCUACUAUGGAGUUUACCACGGCAAUUGGUGGUAUCCGUCGGCCCGUUCCUGAUGAGAUGGACGAGUCAGAUGGGAACGAAGACAUGUCGAUGGAGCUGACGACAGUUAUGGGUGGAGUUCUCUCGCAAAAGAAGAGAAAGAGCCUGGGAGUUUCUCGGCGAAGGACGGUCAACCAGGCAGAUGAGGAUGAAGACGAAGACGAUGCGCCCAUGGACAUGACAAUGGGAGUUGGCCAAAUUCUGUCCCAACCAUCGAAUACCAACGACGAUAAGGAUGAGGACGAGGAUGAUGGUGAUACAACCAUGGGCAUGGACAUGACAACUGCCAUUGGCGGUAUUCUCAACAAUGCCCUUGGGAAUGCACGAAGCUUGGGCAAGCGGGUUAUGGAAGAGGAGGCCGACACACCAGAUAACCCUGAUGAGGCUCUGCAGGCUGCGAUUAGCAAGAGCACUCCUGCUGAGAAGCCUGAAGCCCAAGCAGCCGAGAAACCAACUACGACACCCAGCCCCGAGCCCUCAUCUUCUCAAGCGAGUAGGCUGAAGCGUAGCGUUGGACCCAAAAGCACGACGCCGCAAUCCGCUCGCAGGUCUAGUAGGACACCAUCUCCUGUCAAGACAUCGACAACACCACGGUCGAUGUCCAAGGCUAGGACGCCAACAUCCGUGAAGCCAUCCACGCCCCAAAUUGCCCCGGCAUCUUCAACAAAGACCACACCCAGAACAUCAGAACGCAAGUCACGGUCUGCCUCCCCGAAGAGACCAUCUCCUGCUAGGUCCAACAGGGUCAGCUCUAGAACUCCAUCACCGGUUAAGGCUACGCCGAAGAAGGGUUUGUUUCAAACCAACACAGGAACAGGCAGUCGAACUCCAACCGUUGUGUUGACACCCCAGAAUCGUCGACUAUCGGGUCUUGGUGCUGAUCGAGCUGGACUUGGAUCCCCUCAGGUUGCUGCCCUUUUUGAUCGCCGCGGUUCUAUUGGUGAUGUGGCUACCGAGUUUGUGCCUGGAAAACGUGGUGUUACGUUCGAUGAUCCGAAAGAACUGUCGACUGAAGUGGACAAGGAGGCUCAAGAAGAGGAAGACAAGGAGAAUCGACGAAAGAUUCUUGAGCGAGAAGCUGAUGGUGCUGAAGCUACACUUAAUCUUCGCGAAAUGAUUGACAGCCUUAGUCCGAAGCGAAACCCGCUCAGGGGCCGCAAGAGUCUUGCCGUUGGAAGCGCCAGAGGACUCCUUGGAAAGCGACCUAGCGAGCUGGAUGAUGACGAGGAGGAGGAGAACGAUGGUGUCAAGAGACUCAAGGGUCAUCAAGGCAGUCCCGUCAAAAACGUCCGGCUCCAGCACCCUCCCAAGGCUGAGACGACCGGAAAGCUCACGCUGUCAUUCCGAAAGAGCCUACAACCCAAUAGCGCCACCCCGACGUUGUCCUCGCCCGAGAGACAGGAGCCGGCAACGACACCAAGACACCAAGGAAGAUUCAAGGAUGUCGAUGACGAUCGGACUGGACACUCGGUCAACUUUGACGAAUCACCUGUGAAAGAUGCCGGGCAACUCGAGAACGAGGUCGACGACGACGAAGAGCGAAUCCACCUUCAGGACUUCCUCAACAUGACGUCGAUUCGCUUCAUGGAGCUGACAACCACCAAGAGGCGACACACGACAGCUCCCGGAAACCUUGACAACGGGUUCCUCGAGCAAGGCGAGGAGAACCUUUCGCUGGAGCGUUGUGUUGUUGCUGGUGCCUGUACAGUGCCAAUGCUUGAGUUGUAUCAACACUCUUGCCGGGAGCUGAAGAAGUACAUCUCUGAAGGUCGACGUAUCGUCAAGGAAAUCGAGAUGGACACGUUUGAGGAGAACCCGCCACUAUUCAAAGAGUACAUGGCGGCGACACCCGAGAUCAAGACUCUUAUGGACAAGCAAUUCAUGAAUGUCAAGAACCACGCCCGCCUUCUGAGCAAGGCCAUGUGGUAUGAAUGGCGAAUGAAGCUGCAGGAUGGGCUGAAGGAGGGUCUGCUGAGGAUUGACGAGGGUAUGGAAGUGGACAAGGAGUCUUUGGACCAGCAAAAGAGCCUCCUCGACUCUGUCCUGCCCGCCAUUAUGGCUCGGUACCAGUCCCUCGUAGAGGAGAGUGGUAACCUUGAGGAAGUGGCCCGAGAACUGGCUGAUUGCGACCCGGCUGAUCUUGAGGCUGCUCGUGAGGAGUUGUCGGACCUUGACCAAGAUAUUGAGCUUAAGAGGAAGCGUAUCGCGGAUCUUCGGGAGCAAUUCCAAGCUUCGGAAGUCGAAAUAGAGGAUUUGGUGGCACGGAAACAAAAGUGCCUCGAGGAUAUUAAGGAGUCUGAGAAGAUCAGAGAGGAGUGUCGUGGUUGGACGAGCACCGAGGUUAACAGCCUUAAAGCUCGUGUGGACGCUAUCGAGAAAGAACAAGGCUGGGCCGUGACUGGAAUCUCGGGCACAGUCCUUUCCAUGGCCUACAAGCGUGAAAUCGAGAUUGUCUUUGACAUGGCCUCGUUCAAGACACAUCGACCGAACUCGACAAUCGACCUGUGGUACAUUGCCGACAGCCGUGAGAAGAACCCGCUUCCCAAGACAGCAGAGAAGGAGUUCUUCUUGCAGUGUAUUCGAGAUCAUGUUCGUGCUCUCCCCCAGAGCCGAACCGAGGUUUCCCAUCUCUUGAAUAUGGUGCGAGCAGCUUGGGACAAGGCCAACCUGGUCUCGACACAAGUUGGCCGUAUGAAUGCCUCGUUCCCGACCACCGUGCAAAAGACAUCUGACUCAAGCGUGGCGAUUACGACUUCUCUACUGCUCGUACCGCUGGAAACUCGGGUGGAGGUCAAGUUGAACCUGCUGGGCCAAAGUGGCCCUGAAGGACUGGAUGUAGCUGUUACCCCUGAGGCUAAGGUUUUGUAUGGUGAACACUUCAACGUAUCAAAGGUGGCUGAGUUCCUUGGUACAAGGGUCGGCAAGGUUGUUGGUGCUGGGGAGGAAUGGAGCAAUGUAAUGGUCGAACUGCAUGCGAGGUUGAUUGCUCGGGGCAGGAAGUGA